UGGCGAGGCACUGACGCGCUGUCGAAUAUUCGCACAUCAUCUCUAUCCAGCUCUACUCCCUGAACUGGAGCGCAUAAUUUUCUCCCCUCCUUCCCAACAGUUAUCCAAGGAUACCUAGCCACGAACACUUUUGACCUUCAAACUAGUCCACUAAACAGCAGCCUAUUGCCUCAUUCAGUAACCGCAUUCACCCGAAUAUCCUACUGCUCUCCUGACCGCCUGUACACCGUUCCGGGGGAGCGCACAUAUUGCAGGCAGUGGAAAACAGAUACAUCCCUCGACAGCGCAGCAUAUGUUCUCAUGCGCCUGAAGGUAGAAGCUGGCGAUGCGGUUUCCCUCGGCUUGAUUUGGAGCCUUUUGCUGCGGGGUGUUUGACAUUGCACCCAUACAUUUGAGGGUGAUCCGCUAGUGACUACGACGAUGGCGGAGAAGGCAGUCAAUACAGCGUCCAGCGCCUUGACAGGUAAGCUAGCCGAAGGAUUGACUCCACCGUCAGUUGCGGAGAAGAGACCCCAAAGCAACAGCCAAGGCUCCCCAGCCCGCGUUGUACUUCAUCCAGGGAGCCCAGCUAUGAAAAACAACGAGGUGCUGAGCCCAGCAUUGGUCAUAGAGAAGAAGCCCCAGCUCAAUGGGCUCCCCUCCCCUUUACGUCUGCCAGGCAACAACACUAACAAUCAUGCAGGUAAACAGUAUGUGGAAGGGUAUCUGAGGACAGAUGACAGGGUGCGUUUAGCCAAAGAGAGACGUGAGGAAAGAGAUAAAGGUUUAGCGGUACGAGAGCAGGCGAUCAUGGAGAAGGAGCGGCGGGCUCAGCUGCAGUAUGAGCGUACCGUGGAGGAGCGCUGGAGGAAGCUGGAGGAACAGAGACAGAAGGAGGAGGUCCGCAGAGCUGCUGUGGAGGAGAAGAGGAGACAGAGGCUGGAGGAGGAAAAGGAGCGACUGGACGCUCUGAUGAAACGCUCCCUGGAACGCAGCCUGCAGCUAGAGCAAAGGCCCAAACGCUGGACAUGGGGCGGAGCUGGAGGAGCACAGGGUGACUGUGAGAAUGCCCCUCUCCCCGCCUCCACCUUUCCCCAUGAACUCGCCGCCCCCUUUCCUGCUGCCAGCGAAUCCGCUCCCUGCAGCCCCCACAGGUCACCCUAUCAGGGCUCGCCAAGCCGGGCUAAUCGACGGAGGCUCCAGGGCUCUCCAGAGGAGUCAGCAGGGGGGUCUAUCUCCACCCCUCAAACCCCCAAGAAGGAGAGGUUGCGCAGAGAGAGAAGGACUGGCUCCCCGGCGACAGGCUCCCCUGUGAGAAGAGCAGAAUCCCCAGCCACGUUCACCAGACGCUCAGCCUCCCCCGCCACCCCCAAGUUGAUGCCUAAGAGCUGUACCCAGUCUCCCUGCACUGUGCGCCAGUACCACUCUUCUCCCAUCAGGCACAGACCCACCACCCCGGUUGCCGACGGCAACAAGAAGGAGGACGGACAAGUUGAAGAAGCCAAAGGGCACAACAACAUCAGUGACAGAAAUGUCUCCAAGCCAGAGACCCCUGUGAAAAAGAUGUCUGAUAUUCAGAGCCCUGAGAAGUCUUCUCAAGCCGACACCGCUGAAAAAAAACUGUCUAACACUGAGACCCCAGAAAAGAGAUUCCCAAAAACUGAGACCCCCAGUAAGAACUUCAAAGGUGAGAUUUCUGAAAAGAAGGACAACCCUGAUAAGAAGAGUCCUAUGGCUGAGACUGCUGAUAGGAAAGCCUCCAAAAUAGACAAUCCAGACAAGAAGAUGCCAAAGUCCGCCUGCAGCGACCUGAAUACAGAUAACAGCACAGAGCCAUCGUCAGUGACGCCAACAGGAAAAGGAAUUGCUGGAACGACAAGCGCAGAGGAAGCAUCUAGACUGCUAGCGGAGCGUAGGCGUCUGGCCAGGGUGCAGAAGGAGCUGGAGGAGAAACAACGUCGUGAGCAGGAGGAGGAUGAGCGUCUGAAGGCGGAGCAGCUGAGGAGGAGACAGGCAGAGGAGCGAGCACGGCAGGAGGAGGAGGCUCGACGGGCUGAGGAGGAGAGGAGCCGACAGGAGGACCUCCGUAGGACGUGGGAGGAAGAGGAGAAACUGCAGCGGGAGGGCCAGGAUAAGGAGCUACAGGUCAAGAUGGACAGAGAGAAGGAGGAGGCCGAGUUACAGGCACAGAAGGAUGCGGAGCGUCAGCGUCAGGAGAGAGAGAUACUCAAGCUACAACAAGAAGAGGAGAGACAUCUGCGGAAGAAGAGAAUUGAGGAGAUAAUGAAGAGAACGAGGAAGAGUGAUGAGAACCAGGCUGAGAUGAAGCAGAAUGAGGAAGGGCAGGUGGAUACUCUGCCUCAGCCUGUCUCACCACCAGGGGAAAUGCAAAUGAACUCAAAGAUGAAGAUUGAAACUAAUGCUCAGGUGAAUGUGCAAGAAAACCCAAAGGUUGAGUCUCAGGUUAAUGGACAGGUCACUGUUCAUGUCAACAAGCAGGACAGUGUCCUGGUGAAGGGACAAGCCACCUACCAGGUAACCCCACCGAAGACUGAUCUGCAAAAGGGACAGGACGCUAAACAAAUAAAUAAACAACAGACCGCCCAAGUGAAUGGACAGGGUGAAGCCCAGGUUCUUAAGCAAGAGAGUGUCUUUGUAAAGGGACGGGUCGCUUCCAAAGUGAACCAGCAAGAGAAUGUACAGGUGAAGAAACCGGAGAAACCGGAGGAAACCCAGGUGAGCAGCCAAGUGACUGCUCAACUCAAAAUCCAGAAGUGUACCCAAGUAAAUGUGAAGUUGGCCACACAGACAAUCGCACAAGAGGUGCAGCCCAAGAAACCGUCCAUGGCGUCCCUACCGGUGGGCCGACCCCCACCCCCACUCAUCAACCUGGAGCCUCUGGUUGUGAAAAGCAGCGGGGUGUAUGACGAGGUGCAGUCCAUGGAGGUCAGCCCAGUUUCCAAGGAGGAGCUUGUCUCCAUCCCAGAGUACUCCCCAGUCAAUGAGGUCCAGCACAAUGGCAUAAGUAAUGCCCGAGCCCUGGAAGAUCUGCUGGACCUAACGGGCCAUGUGGCCUACCCCAAACUCUCCCCCAUGGGAAGCCUAGGAGACUGCAACAAGAACCUGAUCGAGGGGCUCUGCAGCCCCGGUGCCGAUUCCAAGCUCAUCCAAUCUCAUCCUCCAGCCUCACACAAGUUCAACAUCCAGUAGUCCGAGCCCUGGACUGGCAAGCCAUGAUGGAGAGAGCAGGGGGAAAGCAUCUAUGUUGUCUGGUGUUAUUGAGGAUGGAAAUCUGGCACCUCUAGAGAUGAGAGAGAGAAAGCACUCUGAAUGUAGUUUUUGAUCCUCCUUGUUGGUCUCCAACCUUGAAUGUCCAUUAACCUUCAACCUCCUACAAUACAUCUGUCUUUAUAGCCUUGGACCACGGAGCAUAAGUGACAAUAAUAUUCAUAGAUUUACUGUACUUCUCAGAUAAUACCUUGAUGAUAGUCAUAGCUAUCUGUGUCAUGUCAUGUACUGCAUAGAGCUGUUGUUAGUGUCUGAAACAUAUGUGUGUGUGUGCGUGCGUGAGAGAGACUGUCUCAAUGAAACAAAGUGCCCAUGAAGCAAGACCCCACACCCAUGUAGAGAAUCAUAUCAGUAAGUUGCCUUUGCUACUGCAGUAUUGGUCCUCUAAUGACAAGAGUAUUGUUCCUUUAAUGAUUUAAAUAUUAAUACUGGUCUGUAUCCACCCACUGUAGUUUAGUAUGUACUGAUCUUUCAAUUAGAUUGUUCCACUGAAAAGUCCACCGUUUUCUGGCUGUGGAUGCCUCAGGUUAGCUUGUAUCUCCCUGGACAUAAUUCACUCCCAAAAGACUUAAGCUUGUUGUCAUAAUGUAUGUGUCCAACCUGCUGUGCGAUUGGGAUUGUAGCAUGUGUGCCAUAAUACUUGAACCCAGGUCAAAUAGUAGGCCCUACUGCAACUCAAAAGUCAAAAUAAAGAAGCUGUACAGAAACAUUCCUCAGUAUAAUCCAGAUUGUCACCAACCCGUGCAUUGCAGGUUUUGUUCUCUCUUUCCUCCUCGAUCAACAAAGUAUGGAGCUGUGCCUGAUCCUUCAAAAGUCUGAAACCAGUAAGCUGGUAUCAUUUGAAUGUUAAAUGGCUUUGUAAGAUGGAAUCCAGUUGGCUGUGUUGUCAAAAUGAAGUACUUUUGGUGUGUAUAUGCACAGAUGUGAGUGGACAGCCACUGGCUCCACUAUGACUGUAUUGUGUUUUGAGAAAUAAUGCACCAGAAGAAGGCAAGAUUUUUUUACUUGAAGUCGAAGCAACCAGGGAUGUAGAAAAUCAGUUUUAAAGAGAAGAAAUGCUAUUAACAGUUCAAACCUACUGUGUCUGUCGUAUCUCUAACUAAAGCAGUAUUGCAAUGAAUUAAAAAAUGUGACUAUUGUAGACAUUGUGCAUGGAUCAUUAGCAUGAGAUGAUAAAUAUCAGUACUAUUAAUAAACCUUUAAACAAUAAUGUAUUGUUGUAUCUGAAUGCCUACAGUUGGUCACAAAACCACCUAAAUAUAUCUGAUAAAAAUCUGAAUAUGAAAUGUCAAAAACAAGACUAGCCAGUGUGUGCCCAGUGGGUAAAUACCAAUGUCUUAAUGGUUUCAUGUCCUGUAUAAUCCUUUGAUAAUAACUAAUGAUGUUUGCAC